CAGCGGCGGCUUGAGGCCGCGGAUGGGCGGAGCGGGAGGAGCCGGAGCCGCCGCGAUGGCUCAGGAGAAGAUGGAGCUGGACCUGGAGCUGCCGCCGGGGAGCGCCGCGGCCCCGGGCGACGGCGGCGGCCUGAGGCGGUCGAACAGCGCCCCGCUCAUCCACGGGCUCAGUGACAACUCGCAGGUGUUCCAGGGCAGCGUGCUGCGCACCCGCAGGAACAGCACCACGGUCAUGAAUCGGCACAGCCUGUUUGUGCCAUCAUCUCCUAUCCGGAUUCCUAGCAGCCGUCUUCAUCAAAUCAAACAAGAGGAAGGAAUGAAUUUGCUGAACAGGGAAACCGUUCGUGAAAGAGAAGUGCAAGUAGCAAUGCAGAUGAGCCACUCAUGGGAGGAGAGCUUGAGCCUGAGUGACAAUGAUUUUGAAAAAUCACUAUCACCAAAGCAAGUAGACUUUGUUCCAGUUUCUCCAGCUCCUUCACCUACACGAGGAAUAGGGAAGCAAUGUUUCUCACCAUCUUUGCAAAGUCUGGUGAGCAGCACUGGGUUGCCUCCAAGUCCCAGCCCAAGUCCAACAAGAAGAUUUUCAAGCAGGAGAAGCCAGAGCCCCAUUAACUGCAUUCGACCAAGUGUUCUUGGAUCAAUGAAAAGAAAAGGUGUGACAGAGAUGGAAGAUCACCCAAAAAGAUUAUUCCAAGGAUCCACCACCAUGCUAACCCCUGAGGCUGCACAUCAGGCGGACCUUGGGGCAUGUCUGUCCUCGCACGCCCUGGAUGACAACAGGAGCAGUGCAGGCUCCUCCUGUGACUCCCCAGCUGAAGCUGGCACCAGCACAGACUCUCCAGUGUCACUCUCUGACUCCAGAUCCCCGUUUUUGCCCGUGGAUCUCAUGGCCAAGUUACCAAUGAACUGAGGAGCAGGAAUCUGCUGCUGGACACCAGGAAACAGGCAGAUAUUGCCCCAACUUUCUGUUGUGUGUGACCCAUUCUGUUCCUCAUAGGAACUUCCAGCAAUGUCAUUACUUCUAGAAAACUUCCAGAAUAGUUCCUUGAGGAGGAAUUCACCUUUCUAGUGAUUUGUAUGACAUUUACUACAGUACAGAAGCAUUUGGGCUGCAGACACGUUGGGUGCCCAGGUCAGUCAGCAGGCAGGUUUGCAGUGGUGUGAUC